AUGACGUCAAUUAUCCCCCAGUCCCUCCUACCACCCACCAACCAAGGCUGGCUCCCACCAUGGCUGCUACUAGUCUCAGUAAUCUCAACUGCAAACUCCGUACAGUCAUACCUCUCCACUGAAUACCACGCCCAUCUCUUCAUCGGCUCCAGCAGUACCAACAACCAGUCGCCGUCAACGCCGCUCGCCUCUCGCACUUUUGGGACUUGGACCUUGUUGUCGUCGGUCAUCCGAGCCUAUGCAGCCUACAACAUUCACAAUUCGGUCGCGUAUGACCUCGCGACCUGGACGUAUGGCAUUGCGCUCGCGCAUUUUGUCUCGGAGUGGGCGAUUUAUGGCACCGCGCAGGUCAGAGGACGGUUUGUCAUGCCGUUGAUUUUUGCGUCGAGUGCGCUGGUGUGGAUGGCAAGCCAGCGGGCGGCGUAUUUGGGAUGA